GUCAGAUUGUUUCCCCACAGUCUGCUCCAACUUGUAUUGAAAACAAAAAUGAUGUGAGCAGAGAAAACAGCACUGUUGACUUUAGCAAGGUUGACCUGCACUUCAUGAAGAAGAUACCACCUGGAGCUGAAGCAUCAAACAUCUUAGUUGGUGAACUAGAGUUUCUGGACCGUGCGGUUGUUGCUUUUGUUAGGUUGUCUCCUGCAGUGCUGCUUACAGGACUAGCUGAAGUCCCAAUUCCAACAAGAUUUUUAUUUAUUCUUCUUGGACCACUGGGUAAAGGGCAACAAUACCAUGAGAUUGGAAGAUCAAUUGCAACACUAAUGACAGAUGAGGUGUUCCAUGAUGUUGCUUACAAAGCAAAAGACCGCAAUGACUUGGUAUCUGGAAUUGAUGAGUUUCUUGAUCAGGUUACUGUACUACCUCCUGGAGAGUGGGACCCAACAAUCAGAAUAGAACCACCCAAAAAUGUUCCCUCUCAGGAGAAGCGUAAGAUCCCGGGAGUGCCAAAUGGAACCGCAGCCCAUGGGGAUGCAGAGCAACCUGGAGGACACUCCGGACCAGAACUGCAACGCACCGGAAAAUUCUUUGGAGGAUUGAUUUUAGACAUAAAAAGAAAAGCUCCCUUCUUCUGGAGUGACUUCAGGGAUGCUCUCAGUCUGCAGUGUCUGGCAUCAUUUUUGUUUCUCUACUGUGCUUGCAUGUCUCCUGUCAUCACAUUUGGUGGUCUGCUGGGAGAAGCAACUGAAGGUCGUAUAAGUGCAAUAGAAUCGCUGUUUGGAGCAUCCAUGACUGGAAUUGCCUACUCUCUCUUUGGUGGACAGCCUCUCACUAUACUUGGCAGCACAGGACCAGUUUUAGUGUUUGAGAAGAUCUUAUUCAAGUUUUGCAAAGAGUAUGGGUUGUCGUACCUUUCUCUGAGAGCUAGCAUUGGACUGUGGACUGCAAUCCUGUGCAUCAUCCUUGUUGCAACUGAUGCAAGCUCCCUAGUCUGCUACAUUACCCGGUUUACUGAAGAAGCUUUUGCUUCUCUUAUCUGCAUCAUUUUCAUUUAUGAGGCCUUAGAGAAGCUGUUUCAUCUCAGUGAGACGUAUCCAAUCAACAUGCAUAAUGAUUUGGAUCUGCUGACAAAAUACUCAUGCAGUUGUGUCGAACCAGAACAUCCUAGCAAUAAAACCUUAGGAUACUGGCAGGACUACAAUAUAUCUGCAUCCGAUGUGCCAUGGGAGAACCUAACUGUGUCAGAAUGUAAAAAGUUUCAUGGAGAGUUUGUUGGACGAGCCUGUGGUCAUCAUGGCCCUUAUGUCCCAGAUGUCCUCUUCUGGUCUGUCAUCCUGUUCUUUUCUACAGUAACACUGUCAUCCACACUGAAGCAGUUCAAAACUAGCCGAUACUUCCCAACAAAGGUACGAUCUGUUGUCAGCGAUUUUGCUGUCUUUCUCACUAUUCUGUCCAUGGUUUUAAUUGACUAUGCCAUUGGGAUUCCAUCACCAAAACUUCAGGUUCCAAAUGCUUUUAAGCCCACCAGAGAUGAUCGUGGCUGGUUUAUUAGUCCUUUGGGACCUAAUCCUUGGUGGACAGUGAUAGCUGCUGUAAUUCCAGCCCUGCUUUGUACUAUCCUUAUCUUUAUGGACCAGCAGAUCACAGCUGUCAUUAUCAAUAGAAAAGAACACAAACUAAAGAAAGGAUGUGGAUACCAUCUCGACCUGCUCAUGGUGGCAGUCAUGCUUGGAGUGUGCUCUAUUAUGGGAUUGCCAUGGUUUGUGGCAGCCACUGUACUCUCUAUUUCCCAUGUGAAUAGCUUAAAACUGGAAUCGGAGUGCUCUGCUCCAGGGGAGCAGCCAAAAUUUCUUGGGAUCCGGGAGCAAAGAGUCACGGGGCUCAUGAUUUUUAUCCUUAUGGGCUCAUCUGUCUUUUUGACAAGUAUCCUGAAGUUUAUUCCUAUGCCAGUACUUUAUGGAGUAUUUCUUUACAUGGGUGCUUCAUCUCUAAAGGGAAUUCAGCUUUUUGACAGGAUAAAGUUAUUCUGGAUGCCUGCAAAGCACCAGCCAGAUUUUAUUUAUCUGAGGCAUGUUCCUCUUAGAAAGGUCCAUCUCUUCACUGUAAUUCAGCUGAGUUGUCUUGUGCUUCUGUGGAUUAUAAAGGUUUCAAGAGCUGCCAUUGUUUUUCCUAUGAUGGUCUUAGCUUUGGUAUUUGUCCGAAAACUCAUGGAUUUCUUUUUCACUAAGCGGGAACUCAGUUGGCUAGAUGAUUUGAUGCCCGAGAGCAAGAAAAAGAAACUGGAAGAUGCCGAGAAAGAGGAAGAGCAAAGUAUGUUAGCAAUGGAAGAGGAGGGGACUGUUCAGUUACCACUAGAAGGACAUUACAGAGAUGACCCAUCUGUGAUAAACAUUUCUGACGAAAUGGCAAAAACUGCUGUGUGGAAAACACUGUUAAUAUCCUCAGAGAAUGCAAAAGAUAAGGAGUCAAGCUUUCCUUCUAAAAGUGCUGAAAUCAGAAAAGAGAAGAAAGCUGACUCAGGGAAAGGCGUUGACCGGGAGACGUGUCUAUGA